AUCAGUUUGAGGAAUACCCACAGCACACCUCUGCAUUAUGUUAGUAUUUUAGCGUGUUAGUGCCACCCUGGUAUUCUUAUCAGCUUGUUUGUAAAUCUGUUUUAAUAAAAUUUUUGGUGAUUGAACAGUAAAAUAACAUGGAUAGCAAGUCAGAGAGUAAAAUAAACGCACCCUCAGGGGCCACAACAGCUAAUGAGUCUUGCGAACCUGCGGGUGAAGAAACAACUGCAGAUUUGUUGUCUAAAUCCAGUGCGGAUGUUGAUAAUGAUGUUAGUCCUCCUCCCGGCGGCGGCAAAGGGGCAAAAAAGAAAAACAAAGGCAAAGCCAAGGGCGCCGCGUCUAACAAUUUGGAUAACGAACUUAAGAAACUAACCCAGCGUCGUAUUAAUGUGGCGGGUGCACCAAAAAUGCCAUUGAAUUCGUAUGUGCGCUUCAUGAACGAUCGGCGGGAACAACUGCGUCGCGAGCAUCCAAAUCGCACAGCAUUGGAGCACACGAAAAUGAUAGGCGAGGAAUGGCAUCAGCUAACGGAGGAUCGCAGGGCGCCGUACAUGGAAGCGGCGGCCAAGGACAAAGCAUUAUAUCAGGAGCAAAUGCACAAGUUUUUGACAGAGCAUCCUGAAAUUGUGGCCAACGAGUUGGCCAAGGCAAAAAAAAAGUUCGACACCAAGAACGCCAGCACGCCCAAGGAAAAAGCAACCAACAACGCUGCCAACAAUGAUUUGCCCAGCAAUCAUGCUGCACCACGGAAAUCAAAUCCCAAGACGCCGCUGAACAAACAGCAGAGUGCGCCAACGCCAGAUCCAGAUGACAUACCCUUGGCACAAGUGAAACGUUCACCAACACCGCCUCCGCAGCCGCCUGUUGCAGCAGCAUUUAAUCCUGUGGCUGCAUUGCCACGUCCCUUUGCCGCUGGCGAGAUUCCCAUCUACACAAACGAGUUCAUAGAACACAAUCGCAGCACGGAGAAUGAGCUGCGACUACUGCGCAAGACAAAGACCGACCUGGAGCAGCAGAAUUCGGUGCUAGAACAGCAUGUGGAUAACACCAAAACUGGGCAUGCCAAGGUCAUGGGCGAAGUGGCCGAGCUGAAAGAGGAAAACGCUCGUUUAAUGGCCUACAUCAAGGGGCUGCGGCAGAAAGUUGUUGGUGCACUGGAUGGUAUCACAUUGCCACCGCUGGAACCCAGCGGAUUAAGUGUUGACAAUGUGGACAAGUAUUUGCAGCAUCUGGCGGGCAUGGUUAGUGGACAGCAGAACAACGCCAUGCUGCUGAAAGUGAGCGAACUGCUGGGCAAAAUGGACACUGCAACACUGCAUAGACCAUAAGAUCAAGACAGGGUUUAAGUUUAGUUUUAAGUUUCCCAUAUGAUAUAUAUACAUAAAGACACGCGUGUAUUUUGUCGGCUGCAUUGCUAGAUGGUAAGAACAUAAUAAAUCUAUUCACGAAACACAUAUUACAUCAAUUUAACACAAAUGCAAAUUACGAGCAGCGACGUGUAUCCUCCUCGGCCACUUCACACUCAUAGCUCUCGUUGCUGCGCGACGAGAUGCUGCCCACACUACGAUAUGGUCCGAUGCGUGGAGUACGCGGCAGAUUGCGCAGCCCAGUGCCAUCUGCAGAGCCCUCAACAGUCAGCCGACGACGUUGCCAUACUUUGCGGAUCACAUAGUAGGUGCCCACUAGCAUUGGCAGCAGCAUCAUCGGAUGGCAGGCAAAGCGCAGCGCCAUCAAGGAGCACGACAUCAUCAGGUUGAUCAUGGUCUCUGUGUAAGGGCAGCUUAACAAUGGCAACAUUAAAAAAAUGAGAGUUCAAGCUUACCUUCAACCAACCAGAUGGUGCUCAGUGUGGUGAUUAGCGUAGUUGAGAUUGUCUGUAGCACGUAAAAGAUCAUUUUCAAUUUUUUU